AUGUCCCAAAUCCUCGCUGUCUUUGGUGCCACAGGCCAGCAGGGCAGCUCCGUCAUUGACUACGUUCUUGAAGACGCGGCCCUGUCUCGAAAAUACAAGCUCCGGGCCAUUACGCGCGACCCGGAUUCUAUCAAAGCGCGACGCCUUGCCGAUAGAAACAUAGAGGUGAUUCGGGGAGACCUCCAUGACGCCGACUCCCUGGAUAGAGCCCUGGCCGGAGUGCACGUCGUCUUCCUCGUCACGGUGCCAGACUUCACUCCCGAUGCUCUUCAAAAUGAGUUCCGCGCAGCCAAGAACGCGGCCGAUGUUGCCUGCAGUAAAGGGGCGCGGUACAUCAUUUUCAGCACCCUGCCGUCCGUCAGCGACAUAUCAGGCGGCAAGUUCAACAGCGUCGCCAUGUUUGAUGCAAAGGCCAGAGCGGAGGCCUACAUCCGCAGCCUCCCCAUCAAGAGCGCCUUUUACUCACCGGGUUCCUUUAUGGAAAACUACAUUACUGUGGCGGCCCCGAAGCGAUGCCAAGACGGCGACGGCGCCUACAUCAUGUCCAUGCAUGUUUCUCCCCGGACCACAGUCCCGCUGAUAGACGCCCAGGGCGACACGGGCAAGUUUAUCGGAUCCAUUCUCGCCCACCCUGACGAGCAUGAUGGCAGGGUCGUCUACGGGGCGGAGCGGUUAUAUAGCCUUGAAGAGAUUGCACUGGCCAUGGGCAAGGCGACGGGGCAACAAGUCAUCUAUCGCCAGGUCUCGGCGGAGGAAUACCAGGCCGCUGUGCCAUUUGGAGGUGAUAUCCUCGUGCAGACAAUGGGCUACUUUGAGGAGUUUGGGUACUACGGAGGGGCUACAGGCGAGUUGGUCGCUUCGGCUGCGCAAAGCGCGAGAGGAGGAUUGACGUCGUUUGAGGAAUUUCUGGCAAAACAUAGUUCCAGGCUUAUCGUUAUGUUUCCAAAGAUCAACCAAGACUAG